AUGCGCAUGUCAUCGCCGCCCGUCAUGUCAUCGCCGCCCGUCAUGCCGCCGGAUCCCUUGGCGGCGAGCCGUUCUCCUGGCGAGGCGAGAGAGAAUCCCAAACCCGCCCGCGCCUCGUACGCUCGUCGCGCUGCCGUCCCGCUGCUGCGCGCCGUCCGUUCUUUGCUUGCGUCACUUGACCAACAGCGAUGCGCCGACGUGGCAGCGAGCGACUGGUUGGAAGAUGCAGUGAGCCUGCUGUGCGACCACCUGGAAGUCCUCCGCGCCGCCCACUCGCGGCUGGACGGCACGCGGCGCGGAGAAGGGCAGAGUGGGGAAGGGCAGAGUGGGGAAGGGCAGAGUGGGGAAGGGCAGAGUGGGGGAGGUAAGAAGGCGGAAGGGAAAAGCAGGAGAGGCAGGAAAAAGGCUCGGCGCGGCGAGAAGGGGAAGGGGAGGAAGGGAGAAGUGGAUGGUGGGCGCAGGGGGGAAGACGCGCGGACGUCUGGUGGCACGGCGGGUGAGACCGGGGCGACGGUCGCACGCUGUACGCUGGCGGAAGGGGAGGGGGGGCUGGCGGAGGGGGAAAAGGGCGAUGGCGGACUAGCGAAUGGGGGGAAGGGGGGAGGGAUGGGGGAGAGAGAAGCAUGCGUGAUGGCGAGGGCGGUGGUGGUGGCUGGCAGCGGCGACUGGGGCGCUUUGCUGGCGUGCGGGGAAUGCUGGGGUAACGGCGGAGAGGGCGGGGAGGGCGGGGAGCGGGAGUGGGAGAAUGUGUGUCAGCGCUUCCCCACUGCUUUGGCUGACAUCGAGUCUGCUGCUGCCUCGCUCCUCCUCCUCCUCUGCCGCUCUCUGCGCCACUCCCCUACCCCUCCACACCCACCGCCAUCUCAACGCCCCUCAUCUGCUUCCGCCUCUCACCCCCUCUCCCGCAGCUCUCUGCUCCCCUCGCCCCUCGUGCUGCCCCUACGCGCGCCCUUCCAACGCCUGCUCCCCCUGCUACUGCGCUCCCCCUGCCCCUCCGCGCGCCUAAAGGCUGCGCGCGCCCUCGCUCUGCUGGUCGCCGCUAUCGCCCGCGGCGUCACUCGCGGCCGUGGCUGCUUCCAAUGGGGGCGCGCGCUGGGGAGGGCGCAGAGGGGCGCGCAGGAGGGCAUGGGCGCGAGCAAGAGGGGUGGGGGUUUGCGAACAGAGGCGAGGACGAGGGGAGAGGAGGUGGGAGGGUGGAUAAGGGAGGAGGGGGUGGAAGGGCAGGGUGGCGGAAGGGAGAGGGCAGCAGGUGGAGCAGGGCGAGGGCAGGAGGAGAGGGAGGAUGGCGCAAGAGGUGGCAGGGCGCUCUUGUGUUCUGCAGUGGGCGCGUGCUCUGGUGCAGGGGAAGCAAUGGGGGAAGCAAUGGGGGAAGCAAUGGGGGAAGCAAUGGGGGAAGCAAUGGGGGAAGCAAGGGGGGAAGCAAUGGGGGAAGCAAGGGGGGAAGCAAUGGGGGAAGCAAUGGGGGAAGCAGUCGGGGGAGAAAGGCAGGAAGCAGGUGGAGCAACAGUUGGGGGAGGCGGAGCAACAGUUAGGGGAGGCGGAGCAACAGUUGGGGGAGGCGGAGCAACAGUUGGGGGAGGCGGAGCAACAGUUGGGGGAGGCGGAGCAACAGUUGGGGGAGGCGGAGCAACAGUUGGGGGAGGCGGAGCAACAGUUGGGGGAGGCGGAGCAACAGUUGGGGGAGGCGGAGCAACAGUUGGGGGAGGCGGAGCAACAGUUGGGGGAGACGGAGCAACAGUUGGGGGAGGCGGAGCAACAGUUGGGGGAGGCGGAGCAACAGUUGGGGGAGGCGGAGCAACAGUUGGGGGAGGCGGAGCAACAGUUGGGGGAGGCGGAGCAACAGUUGGGGGAGGCAGAGCAACAGUUGGGGGAGGCGGAGCAACAGUUGGGGGAGGCGGAGCAACAGUUGGGGGAGGCGGAGCAACAGUUGGGGGAGGCGGAGCAACAGUUGGGGGAGGCGGAGCAACAGUUGGGGGAGGCGGAGCAACAGUUGGGGGAGGCGGAGCAGCAGCAGGGAUGGUGGAGAGUGCGGGGGUGCGGUGGGUGGUGGAGGCAUAUGGUGCCAUGCUGCCGUCACUGCAUCGCAUGCUCUCCCACUCACACCCUCGCUUCGUGCUCGCUGCCCUUACUGCCCUGCACCACCUCCUCACACUCGGUCCGUACCCUCCCUCCCCGCCCCUGCCUUUUCCUCCUUCCACCACCCCCCUGCGUGGUCGCUCGGCCUUUUCGCCUCGUUCCACUGUUCCUUGCGCCUUUUCUGCUGCUCAGCCUCAUGCUGCUUUCCACUCUGCUCACCCUACUUCACCUCAACCUCCUCCCUCUCCCCCCUCUCUCUCCCUCCCACCACCUUCCCCCCCUCUCCAUCAGACCCGUUGCCAGCAGCCAAUCACAUCGCGCGCAUGGCUCUGCCUGACCUCGCCCGCCUGCUGCACGCACACCCCCUCCCUCCGCCUCGCCCAUGGGAGUGCCGGCGAUGGGAGUGCCGGCAAUGGGAGUGCCAGCGAUGGGAGUGCCAGCGAUGGGAGCGGGGAGAUGCCUGGAGCAGGAGGCGAUAAGGGAGUGAGGGAGGUGGGUGCAGUCAAAAGGAGGGAAGGGGGCACGGGGCGAGGGGAUCAAGCAGUGGGGGUAAAUGCAGUGCACCGCACCCCCUGUGCCACCCACCGCUUGCCUGUGUGCCCUCUGUCCUGGCAGCAGCAGGCAGCGGCGGUGCUGCUGUGUCUGGCAGCGCGGUCCCUCGACCUGCUGCUCCUCGCCUCCGCGCCGCCCUCCCUCGCACUGCUCGUCGCCGCCGUCGGGGGUGCAGCUGGCAAUGGUGAAUGUGGAAGGGGUGCUGGCUGUGGGGGUAGGGGGAAAGGGGGAGGAAGAGCUCGGGAUGGUGAGAGGGAAGCGGGGGCAGGAGAGUGGGGUGUGCAAACAGGGGGGUGUGCGGGAGGUGCAUGGGGUGGCGCUGAGAGGGGAUAUGGUGUGAAUGGAAGGGGCAGCAGUGAGUGCAUGUGUGAGUGCACAUGUGCGUGCGUGCCUGCGUGUGCUGCCGUGUGUCCGGCGCUACGGUUCUCGCACGGUGCGGUGGCAGCGGUGAGGGUCUGGGGAGCACACGCGCUGGCAGGCAUGGCGGGGCAGCGGCGCGCGCGGAGGGGCAUGGUGCAUGCAGGGGGCGUGCAGGCGCUGCUGGCGCUGCUGGGGGAUGCCCUGGCGGGGGAGAGGAGUAUUGGGGGAAGGUGGGUGAGGGGGGGUGGGGAGAGGGGGUUGCUGGGAAUGGGGAAGGGAGGUGCCGGUGAGAUGGGGGAAGAAGGGGAUUGGAGGGCCGAGGAAGAAGGCGGAGAGGGCGAGUGGUGUGGCGGGGGAGAGGGGGAGAAGAGGGCGAGGAGAGGGGGGGAUAGCACAGCCACCUCGCCUGAGCAGCCGUCACCCAACCGCACGCCCUACCCCCCUCCAUCCCCCCUUCCCGCCCUCCACUCUACCAAUGCCACCCCUUCCCUCUCCCGCCUCCCCCGCAUGCUGCUUGCCCAGCUCACAGCAGCCACAGCCGUGGGUCUGCUCGCCUGCCACACCGACCCACCUCUCCCUUUCCUGCCCGUCACCGCCACCCCUCUCCUCCUCACCAUGCUGCUCCGUGCCUCAGCUGCCCUCCCCUGCGUCCCCCCCUCUCACUCCACCCUCCCAUCCCCUGCUCCCUUCCUUCCUCCUCCCCUGUCCCCCUUGAACCACCCUCCUGCGCCCUGCCCUGGCCCCUCGCCCCCCGCCACUCUGUUGAAUGCGCUCAACACGCGCAGGCAGCAGGUGGCCCGCGAGGUGCUGCUGCUGCUGGCGCGCUGUGGGCAGGGCGGGCGCGAGAAGGGGGGCGGUGGUGAGGGGGAGGGCGCACGGGCAGUGGUGGGGGAGGUGGUGCGGGCGCUGAGGGGCAUGGUGGGACGGGUGGGAGAGAUGAAGGGGCUGGAGCACGAGAUGAAGGGGCUGGAGCAAGAGCAGGGCACCAGAGGGGAGGGGGAGAUGAUGCAGCAGCAGCAGCAGCGGCUGCAGGAGCAAGAGCAGGAGUAUGGGCGGUGGAGGGAGCAGGUGGGGGUGGCACGGCAGCAGGCAGCCCUGGUGGAGGUGGUAUGUGAGGUGGCGGGCAGUGCAGGCGGGGUGCACGCUGCCGUGGGUGGCGGGGCCGUGCACGCUGUGAGCGCCGUGAUGGCCGUGCUGGCAGCGCGCCGGGGCGAGGGGCACGAGGGGCACGAGGGGCACGAGGGGCACGAGGGGCACGAGGGGUUGCAGAGCCAGCAGAACAGGCGCGAGGGGGGCGGGGAGGAUGCAGAUGGGAGCAUGGCGGUGGGAGGGGGGGCAUGCAGAGGGGGGCGUGAAGGUUACGAGGAGGAGAGGGGUGAGGAGGUGUGCCGGAGGGUUGAGGGGGGGAGAGUGGAGGCAAAAGAUGGGGAGAGCGGGGGAGGGGGAGAGUGGAGAGGAAUGAUGAUGGGAGUGAAGGAUGGGGUGGAGGAGCAGGAGGACGGCAACGAAGGAAGGGGGGAGGGUGAGAGUGCAGGGGGAGAGGAUGGGUGGAGUGAGGAGAGUGAGGAGAGCGAGGAGGAUGAGACGCCUCUGUGGCAUCUGUGGCAGAUGCAUAUCGACGGGCAUGUGCAUGGGCAUGUGGAUGGGCAUGUGGAUGGGCAUGUGGAUGGGCAUGUGGAUGGGCAUGUGCAUGGGCGUGUGGAUGGGCGUGUGGAUAUGGGGCUUGCUGCGAUGGCUUCGGAUGGUGGGGAGAGUGCGAGUGACACUGACAUGGAUGAGGGGGAGGAGGGGGAGGAGGAGGAUGAGGAGGAGGAGGAGGAUGAGGAGGGUGAGGAGGGUGAGGAUGAGGAGGAGGACGAGGACUAUGAGGAGUGGGGAGGAGAGGAAGCUGGGGUUGUGGAUGGGGAUGGCGAGGAGGGGGGAGGAGAGGAGAGGUGGGGAGUGCAGCGCGGAGAGGCUGGGCUUUCACAGGUGCAGCUGAGGCUGCUGCAGACUCUGUUUGGACGGGGGUUGGGCGGCGGGACGAGUGAGAGUAGUAGUGGGGAUGAGGGUACUGAGGAGAGUGAGAAUGAGGAGAGUGAGAGUGGAGAGAGUGAGAGUGAGGAGAGUGAGAGUGAGGAGAGUGAGGGGAGCGAUGAGGAGAAUGAGGAGUGUGAGGAAAUGGAGGGAGAUAGUGAGGACGAGAGUAAGGAUAGUGAGGGCAAGAGGGAGGGUGUAAAUGACAAAGAGGGAGACAGCGAGAGUGGGGAGAGUAAGGGAGGGGGUGCAGACCUGAGUGAUGGGGAGGGCGGGGGCAUGGCAGGGGAGGGGAGUGGGGCGGGCGAGCACUGUGCGCGUGCUGCUGUUGAUGGCAGGCGGGGCGCUGAGGAGGAUGCAGUGGAUAUGGAGAUGGGCGGGGUGGGGGGGCGGGGGAUUCAUGGGCGAUGGUGGGGAGGUGGAGUGGAAGACGAGAGAAAGGCUGUGGAAUGCCGCAUUGAUGGCUCUGAUGGCGCACUGGCAGCAAACUCGGCGGCGGUGGUGGUAGCAGCACAGAGGGUUGAGCGGGAGGGAGCAAGUGUGCGGUGUCCACACGGCAGCCGGCACUGCCUGGCCUGGCUGCCUGCAUGGUGGGGGGAGAGGGAGGAGAGGGAGGGCAGGGAGGGCAGGGAGGGUAGGGAAGGAGGUUCAGAGAGAGAUGCUAGUGGGUGUGUGAUGUUGGAUGCAGAGACUGGCAGGGGCGAUGGUGGCAAGGGACAAGUUGGUGUGGAGGACGAGUGUGGUGUCAGGAGCUGUGGUGCGAGGUGCAGUGCGGUGGCUGUGUGGGACGCACGUGAGGGGAAGGGCGCAGAGAGCGGGCAGGUGAUGAGGCGGCAGGGUGGGGCAAAGCGGAAGGCGGAGGAAAAGGAGAGGGAGGGGGUGGAGCGUGAGGGAUGCAAGAGUGGUGCUGUGGCUGUGUGCUGGGAGAGGGGCAAGGAUAGGUCAGUGGAAGGGGAAGAGAGGUGUGGGGGGAACAUACGGGGGAAUGGGCGAGGGCUGGAAGAUGCGUGUGGAGGGGAGGGAACGGCAGCAGCAGGUGCAUCGGCAUCACAGGCAGGGGCAGAGAAGGGUGGGUCGGAGAAGCAAGGGGCAUGGGGGGCAGAGAAAGUGGAGGCUCUGAGGGAGGAGGCCCGGCAGGAGCAGUGCCUGCUGUGGCGGCGCUGCCUGCACCUGCUGGCUCUGCUCUCCUCUGAUUGGACGGCCUGCUCCCACAUGGUGCAUGCCGGCCUGAUGCCUGCCCUGCUGCAAGCCAUUGCCCGCCACCCCUGGCAGCGCCACCCUGAGAUGGGCGCUGAGGGCACUGGGGUCACUGUGCUGGGCAGAGCCAGGGAGGGAGCGGCGGCGGUGGAGGUGGUGAGCAACGUGGUGAGGGUGCCGUGGCUGAGGCACACGGCUGCAGAGGCAGGCGCGCUGGCAGUCAUGCAGAGGGCAGCACAGCUCAUGCAGGGGCGGGGUGGGGUGGUGCAUGGUGAGGCGAGGAGGCAUGCAGUGCAGGCAGCGAUGCGGCUGUGCGAUGUCAACGGCCCCGUCGCCGCCCUUCGCGGCCUCGUUGCCGCCCCUAUCGGCCCCAUCGCCGCCCUUCACGGCCCCGUCGCCGCCCCUAUCGGCCCCGUUGCCGCCCUUCGUGGCCCGUCGCCGUCCCUAGCGGCCCCGUCGCCGCCCUUCUUGGCCCCUCGCGGCCCCUUCGUGGCCCCGUCGCCGCUCCUAGCGGCCCCGUCGCCGCCCCUAGCGGCCCCGUCGCUGCCCCUCGAGGCCCCUCGCAGCCCCUUCUCGGCUCCUCCGCCACCAGCAGCAGCCGCCGCCGGCCGCCAACAGCAGCCGACAGCAGCAAACGCCGCCGAUAGCAGCGGCGGCCACCACCAACAGCAGCCGUCGCCGCCGACAGCCGCGACUGCCGCUACCACUGCCAGCAGGAGCUGCCGCCGCGGUCACGGCUCUGUCCCUGCCGACGUGCCUCGGCCCUACCCCACCGCCUGCCGGCCCCUACCUACCAGCCCUGGUGAGAACACUGCCGAGCCACGAGUGCUACUGCUGCCCCUAGCCCGCUGCCACUGCUGUCAUGGCUACCCCUAG